CAGUGUCCUAUGCCCAAAUCAGUCCCGUCUGAAAAUGGCGGAGUAUAUACAUGUCGUUCGAAGGGCUUUGGGACAGUUAGGAGGUCACGGUGGUGUGAAAGGCUUAUUUGUUCAGUUAUUCAGGUCAGUAUAAGAGCAAUAUAACAAUUAUGUGCUUUGUAAUCUAUAGAGGUGGUUGUCGUUACUUUCAAUGCAUUUACUCGAGAGAAAUAAGCGUGGUCCCGGUCGACAGGCAACCUGCUAACUAACUUGCCUGUCCUAACUACUGUAGCUGGCUAAGUUGGUAAACAAACGGACUCACUGCUCUGUUUAAAAGCUCACGCUCUGUUGAAUAUUCAUUUAAACGAAUAAAAAAAGACCAGUGUUUUAACAUGGAACUGUUUCAAGGCUACUUGAUUGUGUGAUCUCUGAUCUCUAUCCAGUCUGACAAAUUAGACAUAGUGCUAGUGGAUGGGCUAAUGGACUAGCUGGCUAGUUAUCUUACUUGUGGUGACUGAUUUUGUUACAGGGCAAAUGAUGUGAAAACGGGAGCGCUGAUUGGCGUGGACAAGUAUGGAAACAAGUACUUUGAGGACACACGCUACUUUUUUGGUAAGGUUAAACAGACCGAAACCUCUGCUCCCAUUACCAGUAAUGGCCGUAGGCUAUGUAUUGCAGUGAGGAUCAUCAUAUUAUCUCUGAAUGUAGUUAGCGUAGAACAUUUUAUAUUUUCCAUAUGGGGUUGAUUGGUCAGACUAUGGGGAAAUCAAGUAAUAGAGGUGUGGUAGAGAGGGCUGUUAAAGACCUGUAGUGUACUCAGAGUAACACCUCUCCUCCCCUCCUUGUCAGGUCGUCACCGCUGGGUGAUUUACACUACAGAGAUGAAUGGAAAGAACACCAUGUGGGAGGUGGAUGGCAGCAUGGUGCCCGCUGAAUGGUAAAUACAUCUUACUUAGUUUGACACAGGUAGAGUUGCCUCUAUCUCAGUGACUGGGCCAUUGCCAUGUUGGAGAUAUUGGCCUUCAUAGUAAAAUUGCUGACCUAAAGUUAUGGAUAUGGAAUUGUAACAGAUCUGGGUAGUACUCAUUGAGUUGAUGUACUGGUGUCUUAAUGAUGUUUUUACCGUCUAGGAACCUUCUAUUGAUGAACUAGCCUAUUGAUGAAAUGAGUACCUGAUGCUAACUCCCAAUCUUAAAUCUCCUCAGGCAUCGCUGGCUGCACUGUAUGACAGACAACCCCCCCACCACACACCCCCCUACGCCCAAGAAGUUCCUGGCGGAGGUCCACCAGUUCAACGUGAGUGGUUCGGCCCAAGCAUACGUGCCCUACUCCACCACCCGCAAGAAGAUCCACGAGUGGGUGCCCCCCAAGGCUCAGUGACCCAGCUGUGACCCGACCUGACUUUCAACCUCUGACCCGUGACCUUGUUCUGUAAAUGAUGAGUGUGAUUUCCUGUGUGUGCAUUCACCAGCACAUCUUUGCUUCUAAAUAAAAUCUAAUCUAUAUGGACA